UUUUUUUUUUGUUUUUUUUUUUUAAUUUUGUUUUGUUUUAUUUGUUGUUUUUUUUGUUCGUGGGUUGUGUUUUGUUUUAUUUGUUGUAUUUUUCUUUUUUUGUUUGUGGGUGUUUUUUAUGUGGUUGUUUUUGUUGAUCAUUUUUGAAGGGUGCGUUAGGAAUCGAGUUUUCAGAAGGAAAAAGAACUAAAAAAACUUGAUUAAAAUUACUUUAGAAUAGCACAAUCUGAAUGCAUUACUUAACACAAUAAUGAAUAGUAAAAUAUCUUAUUUUGUUAUGAAAUAUUUAGCAAAACUAGAUGACAUAGCUAAACACUCUAGAUUUAAUCUAUGACGUGCAUGUAAUUAUGAUUUUAAAAUUUCAUUUUUCAAAGAAUGACUUGGCUUAUUUCCUUCUUUCCCUGUGGAGAAUAGAGCUGUAAACAAUUCCACUCCAUUCUGUCCUGCUACCCUGCUUGCCCCUGUCCAGGUCUUGAAUCCAGUUUCAUUUCUUACUUUCUCUACUGUUCUUCUCAGUGUUUCUAUAGGUGUGCUUUUAAAGAAUGCAUACAACAAUACUGAAGAUCAAUGACGUGUAGAGUAUUUAGAAGAGGGAAGAAAAGUUAUGUUAAAAAACGACGGGUACCUGUCUUUCAGGGGUACCAUUUAGUCAGAUUGAUCGAUUGUGUGUUGUUUAACGUCCCUCUCGAGAAUUGUUCACUCAUAUGGAGAUGUCACCACUGCCGGUGAAUGCUGCAAAAUUUAGGCCUAUGCUCGGCGCUUACAGCUUUUGAGCAGGAAGGGAUCUUUAUUGUGCCACACCUUCUGUGACACGGGGUCUCAGUUUUUGCGGUCUCAUCCGAACCAUUUAGUCGCCUCUUACGACAAACAAGGAUUACUGAGGAUCCUAACGGGGCCCGUCUAAUCAGAAACGUUGACUGUCUUAAGCAUGCAUGCAACCGGAUGCUUCGUUAAAGCGCUACAUAUGAUCUGAAUGCACUCGACACAUCUCGGUCGAUUAAAUGAUGAAGGAUAUCGUAAUCGACCGAGGUUAGCCGAGUGCUAUAUCUGUUUACCCAAGUUCCCGGAAAUGCCAAAUAUGCUGCGAUGGGUCGCUCGCUUAAAUUUCUACAAUAUCUACCUAGAGUAGUUGUACCUCUGAAACGUCUCAAGGGUUUCUAUAGAUUUUGGCUUUUGAGACUGUUGAAACCCCUGUACCAUCCCCGUGGGGAUCUGAGUUAAAAUAGGUCCUCAGUAUCUUUUCCUUGUCGUAAGAGGCGACUAAAUGGAGCGAUCCUUCGGAUGAGACCGCAAAAACCGUGGCCCCGUGUCACAGCAGGUGUGGCACGAUAAAGAUCCCUACUUGCCUAAUGGCCGCAAGCGCCGAGCACACGCCUAAAUUUCGCAGCCCUCCAUCAAUGAUGACGCUCUUCAGCAAUGGUGAUGUCUCCAUGAAAAGUGAAAAUAACGAACAGUGCACUAUCAAUCUCAUAACUCCUAUAAGCAAUACAAAAUAGAUAGUUGGGCAAACACGGACCCCUGGACACACCAUAGGUGGAUCAGGUGCCUAGGAGGAGUAAGCAUCCCCUGUCGACCGGUCACACCCGCCGUGAGCCCUAUAUCCGGAUCAGGUAAACGGAGUUAUCCGUACUCAAAAUCAGUGUGCCAAGAACGGCCUAACAAUCGGUAUGAAACACGUCAGACAGCAUUUGACCCAAUGAUAGGUUGUAUUGACAAACUAAAUCGUUAUUACGACCACAGAAUUUCCGAAAUGCUGACUUCAAUCGAGACUGCUGAAACCCCUGUACCAUCAACUUGUUUGUAAGUAGCUUGCCUUGAUUUAAAAAAAAACAAAAACAAAAAACUGACCAUACGCAGAACAAGCUCUCGCGUAUCGAGUCAGUUGAGAGAUAUAAACACCAUAUGCAGGUGAUAAUAUGGUAUAUUGCUACAUAAAUAUGGGAAGUUGACGAUGGAGAAGCUGAAAUCAUUGCGUUUGUCAUACAGUUGAGUUGUCAGUUGAGUUAAAAAGUCAUAUGAGUUAAAAAUUCUCGAGAGGGUUAAACAAUACACAACCAACCAACCAACCAACCAUGUAUUCAUAUAGACUAAUGUAGUAUGGAUAUCUCUGCUAGAACCUAACAUAGAUAUUGUAGCAUAUGUACCUUUAAAUUCUUUAUUUGAGGGAUGCAUUGAAUAUGCAUUCAUUCCAUCCACUGAUAUGAAAAAGUUGCACGAUGCACUCAUGUUUCUUGAAAGGGUGUUAUUGACUUAGUCACUUGGUAAACAUUGCAAAAUUCAUUACUAAUAUUUCUGAUUGUUUUGUCUGAUCUUAUCUGUACAUAAACUAUAGAAUAGCGUACUUCAAUGUAAAAAAUGCAAAAUGAUUCCAUGCCAAUCCCGGGUUGGGUUUGAGUGAGGGACUCCAAUACUUUCAGUACUUUGAUUUGUAAAGUUAUAUUACAUGCUCGAUAACGUCUCCGUAUUCAUGAGUGACAAAUUCUCGAGGAAGACGUUAAACAAUAUACAACCAACAACAUGUUUAAUAUAUAAAUAAACAGGGAAUUUUUUAUAAAUAUUUGCUGAAUAUCCAAAACUAAACACACAACCUAAACCUUUUAUUUGAAUAUCGGCAACCUUCUUCUUUGAUCUUUGAUCAGAGAUAGCAUUAUGUCUCUUCUUUGACGUAUGCUAUAUAUUGUAAUGAUAAAAAUGACAUCGUCAGAGUCUCAUUUACAAGGUCAACCUAAAAUUAAAAGUUCAAAAUUCAUGUUGAUGUAUCCAGACGAUGGAUGGAAAUCAACAUUUAUAAUACUUUUGAACAAUCAAGCUUUUUAAUAUUAAAAUGAGCCAUCGGAUAUGUUUGACAGCGAGAAAUAUUGCGUAAAUUUUAAUUUCCUAGUUCUUAUGUAAUAUUACUGCAAUAAAUAGGAAGGUUAGAUCUCCCGGGCGAAUCUUUGCAAUUUACUUACUUUUAUUCCUGGAAAUUUGUGUGGACUGGGGUAUUGAUUUUGUUAGCAUUGCAGUUGUGUAUCUCAUUUACAGCGCUAUGAGUCACAGUUCUUUUUCACCAGGAUAAGGAGGGAUGGCUCUUUCUCGUUUUGACCGAGGAAUGUAUGAAAUAUCUACAAUAUCACCAAAAUGCUACGAAUAGACAUUUUACAACUAUUUAGGAUUUUGAUAAAACCCCUCAAAGGCUCUAUUGCUUUAAACGGAAGUGAAGGGAAGUGAGUUGCCCGGAUUAACCUUUUGGAAAGUAUGGCGAUAUAGAACAUCGACGUGUGUUGGUAUCGAAGUAAAUCCGGAACAACAUGUGUUAUAAGUUUUGUCAAAUGGAUUUGUGCUCAUAGGAGAAUAGACAACACAGAAGAAACCCCGAAAUGUCGACUGAAAAAGUGCGAGUGGCUGUGAGGGUCAGACCAAUGAACAGACGAGAAAUUGAAAUGUCAACUAAAACGGUGGUGGACAUGGAAGACAACCAAACAGUGCUUUAUCAUCCAAGCAGCCCCGCAGAUGGCAGUGUGGACAGAAAGACCAGUAGAAAACAACCUAAGACGUUUGCAUUUGACAACUGUUUUUGGUCGGUGGAUGAUACAAAUCCGAAGUUUGCAGGUCAAGAGCAUGUCUUCAACAGCGUGGGUAAGGAUCUGCUGGAGAAGGCGUUUGAAGGGUACAAUGGCUGCAUCUUUGCUUAUGGACAGACAGGUUCUGGCAAGUCAUAUACGAUGAUGGGCAGCUUGCUGAGCCAAGCCAAGGGAAUCAUACCACGACUCUGUGACCUCAUGUUUGACCGCAUCGCCCAGCUACGUAGUGACGACACCAGCUUCAAAGUGGAGGUCUCCUACAUGGAGAUCUAUAAUGAGAAAGUUCAUGACCUCCUGGAUCCUAAAGGGAGUAAGCAGAAUCUGAAGGUUCGGGAACACAACAUCUUGGGGCCGUAUGUCGACGGGCUGUCCAUGUUGGCUGUGGCAUCAUUUGAGGAUAUAGACAACCUAAUGAAUGAGGGGAACAAAUCUAGGACAGUAGCAGCCACCAACAUGAACAACGAGAGCAGCAGAUCACAUGCAGUGUUCAAUAUCGUACUGACCCAAACAUUGACUGAUUUAUCUACAGGGGUGAGUGGUGAGAAAGUGAGCAAAGUGAGUCUGGUGGACUUGGCAGGCAGUGAGCGCGCUCAGAAAACUGGAGCCGUCGGAGAUCGCCUGAGAGAAGGCAGUAACAUUAACAAGUCCCUGACAACAUUGGGCCUGGUCAUAUCCGCUUUAGCUGAUCAAUCAGCAGCAAGCAAGAAGAAGGACAAGUUUGUUCCAUAUCGAGACUCCGUGUUAACAUGGUUACUCAAGGAUAACCUCGGAGGAAACAGCAAGACGGUGAUGGUGGCGACGAUCUCCCCCGCGGCGGAUAAUUACGAGGAAACGCUGUCCACGCUGCGCUACGCUGACCGUGCCAAGAGGAUCGUGAACCAUGCCGUGGUCAAUGAGGACCCUAAUGCUAGAAUUAUACGAGAUCUGCGGGACGAGGUGGACAUGCUCAAACAACAGCUGAAUGAAGCUCAGAACAUGCAAGCUCCAACACUGGUAGAGAGGCUGCACGUGUCAGAGAAACUCAUUAAGGAAAUGACCAAGACAUGGGAAGAAAAGCUGGCAGAGAAGGACAAAAUAAACCAGGAGCGACAUGAGACUCUGGAGAAGAUGGGUGUGUCUGUACAGACCUCUGGUAUCAAAGUAGAAAAAGGAAAGUGUUUCCUCGUCAAUCUGAAUGCUGACCCCUCGCUCAACGAAUUACUGGUGUAUUACCUGAAGGAUCACACUUUGAUUGGACAACAAGAUGUGGAAGUUCAGCAGGACAUUCAGCUGUCUGGUUUGGGGAUCAUGCCCGAACAUUGUGUGGUGGACAUUGAAAAUGGGGAUGUGUGGCUUACACCAAUAGAGGGCGCCAGAACUUGUGUGAAUGGAUCCAUCAUCCACGAAAAGACAAAGGUGAAAAAUGGAGACCGAAUACUUUGGGGAAACAACCAUUUCUUCCGCAUAAAUUGUCCCAAACAAAACAGUCCCCAGUCUCAGCCCAGUGAACUUGACCAAACCAUUGACUAUAACUUUGCCCAGCAAGAGCUGAUGAUGAAUGAAUAUUCUAAUGACCCAAUACAGGAGGCGAUAUGUGAUCUAGAGAAGCAAUACGAGGAGGAUAAACAAGUGGCAUUGGAGAAACAGAGACAAGAAUAUGAACAGAGGAUGCAGAUGCUCAGGAACCAAAUUAUGUCCCCUGGUACCCCCAGUAAUCCCUAUCUCAACUUCAACAGCUUCACUCCCACUGGCACCAGCUCCCAGAAUACCCUGCAGAGGAAGUACCAAAAGUGGGCUGAAAAGAGGAAAAGUAACAUGAUGAACAGCUUACAAGUUCUGAGAGGAGAAGUUCUGAAGGCUAAGGCCUUUGUCAGGGAGGCCAAUGUCCUCUCCCAGGAAAUGGGCAAGAAAACAGAAUUCAAUGUCACGCUGCAGAUUCCUGCAAGCUGUCUGAGUCCAAAUCGCAGGAAGGGCAAUGGGUUUGUGAGUGAGCCAGCCAUUUUAGUGAAAAGAAAGAAUCGUCCUAACCAGAUUUGGUCCAUGGAGAAGCUGGAGAACAAAAUCAUCGACAUGCGAGAGAUGUACGAGGAGCUGAAGUCCUCGGGCAAGCCGAUGAUGGUAGACGACAAUGACUCAUGGGAGGACGGCCCCUUUACGAAAGGAGACCCAUUUUAUGAGUCUCAGGAAAAUCACAAUCUGAUUGGUGUGGCCAACAUCUUUCUGGAGUGUUUAUUUCAUGAUGUGACGUUGGAUUACCAUGUGCCAAUCAUCAGUCAACAAGGGGAGAUUGCUGGAAAGCUGCACAUUCAGAUCAGUAAACUGGGUGGCUCUUGUCUAGAACGUUAUGGCGAUACAACUGAGGACAUUGAGGAAACAGACCCUGCUUUGUCAGCAGGGGCUCCAAUGAUUGUCAGGCUAACCAUUCUCUCAGCCAAGGGCCUGCCUUCUGCCAUGUCAAACUUUGUGUUCUGUCAGUACACAUUCUGGGGCCAGGAAGAGUCAGUUGUGGUCCCUCCCCAGGUUAACCCCGAUAUGUUGGAUCGGCAAAAUUCCAUGGGGGACACGGUCACCGUCAAAUUCCAGCACAGAAAGGAUUUCAAAAUCAGUAUAACCGAGGAAUUCAUUGAGAAUUGUCAGGAUGGGGCCUUGUCCGUGGAAGUCUGGGGUCACAGGGUCACUUCCACCGGCAACACAGAAACAGACAUUGCCAAGACGGUCAAGGCCAAAUCUCGCUCCCUGGUAGAGAGAUGGAAUGAGGUGAUGAGGAAGAUCGAGCUCUGGACAGAGAUUGAAGAGCUGAAUUACCAGGGAGAGUGGUCAGCAGUGGAGGUCCAACCCAAACAGGACGUCCCAUCAGCCGGGGUGUUCCAGCUACAGCAGGGCCAUUCCAGACGAGUGAAAGUCCGGGUUAGGACUGUUACAGAAUCAGGAAUUCUGCCUCUGAUACCAGACACCAUCACCUCCAUAUCCAUUGGAGGAAUCGCCAACCGGAGCAAGAUGCAGAAGGGGCUGGACAGUUACCAGGACGACGACCUGUCAGGACUCAGGGACAGGUGGUCAGACGCGCUGGCCAAGCGGACAAAGUAUCUGAACGAACAAAUACAAAGCCUCAUCAACAAACCAGACAAAACAGAAGCAGAUUCUGACCGUGAGCGUGCUCUGCUGGAUCAGUGGGUGUGUCUGACAGAGGAGAGGAAUGCUGUGAUGGUCCCCGCCCCUGGGAGUGGCAUCCCUGGUGCACCUGCUGAUGGAGAGUCUGCCCCCAACAUGGAGAGACACACGCCUGUCCUGUUCCUAGAUCUUAAUGCUGAUGACAUGAGCACCUCUUCUGCCAGAGAGGGCUAUUUAGCAGCGGGGGUAAAUUCCAUCCUACCCAAAGAGCAUGCAGGCACCUUUGUCAACCUUCCCAUCACAAAAGCUGAAAUGGACAAUGGUUUUAUAUAUGCUGUUGCAUCUUGGGAUUCCACAAUGCACGAUUCAGAGUUAUUGAAUCGUGUCACUUCGUCCAAUGACCGCAUUUAUCUAAUCCUGAAAGUAGUGGUUAGGCUGAGUCAUCCAGCUUAUAUGGAGCUUGUACUGAGAAAGAGGAUGUGUAUCAACAUCUACAACAGCCUCAGUUUCACAAGUCUCACUGGCAGACUCAAACAGAAAAUCACAGGCACUGAGAAGUUCUUUGAAAGUGGUAUUACAUACAGCUUAGUUUCCAACAUUCCUAAAGCUUCUGAAGAUUUAGAGAACAUGGAAACUUUAGCCCAAAUGGCGGCCUCCCAGAAUGACACGAGCACGGCUGACGGAGAAUCGUACAUAGAAAAGUACCUUAAAGGUGUGCAGGGGGUGGAGAGUAUUCUAAUGGUGGACAGACUGCGACAGGAAGUGGCCGUCAAAGAACAGUCGUCGCAAAAGUCCAGGUCACUCACCAAGACGUACAGUGUUCCGAACAUACACCAGAGUGCGAUGUCACCCUUACAGGAGAGACAGCAUAAUCUGCGAGCAGACAGUACCCAGGACUUGUCAUAUGACCCAGGUCGUCAGGGAUCACCAGAGAGACCCAACUUUUUGAAUUUGAGAUCCAUCGCGAUCUCCCCACGUACGUGUACUAGUCUUCUGUCGAUGUGUUACCACGCUUUGGCCAAGUCUGCCCUGAGUCCCCUGGGAGCAAAGGGUAUGAAACCUUUAAAUACACUUCGGGAGGAACAGGACCUGAGGGAGAAGAAACCGUUAUUGCGGGGGGAUACAGAAGAGGAGUUGGAGGAUGAGGAGAUGGUGGAGAACAAGAUGCAGUCCUCAAAGAUAGAAACAGAUCCCCACAGUGUGGAGUCAGAUGACUUCCAGGACUUUAUAUCCUACCAUCCCAGUGAGGAGAGCCACAAAGCUGUCACCUCAGAUGGGAUAGCCCGCUCCUGUACCAAUGACAGCCUGGCUGAUGUACAGUGUAAAAAUUUCACCCCCAGUCUGGUCUCCAGUGGCUAUGGGUCUCAGGCAGUUUCCAUGUUGACACUUUCAUCAGAAGAUUCAUUAAGUAUCAAAAGCAUUGAGGACAAUUUAGAAUCCAACAAAGAUUCCAAAGGAGGGCAGAAGGGAAGUCUGGAACAAACAAGUAGUGACUCAGAUAAUGAUGAGAACAAAGAGGUUUCAAAUAGACUCAGCGCAAGUAGUGACAUAGAAACUGAGGAGGCUCAAUUUCAGAAAGAGGCUGUGACCUCAGAUAAUGAUAGCAGUGUUCACGUAACAGAAAACAAUGGUCCUGAACAUGAUGAGUUAAAGAAGUCAAAUGUAGAUUCAAAUGAGACAUUGGAUUCUUCCAGUUCUUCGUUAGAGGCACGGGACGGAAGUCUGACAGAAAAACAGGAUCCCAACGACAGCAAUAUUCAUUCUACAAGUUGUGAUACAUCUUUAAGUGAAUUAAGUGAUGACGUUCAAAAAUCAAGCAAUACAUCUGUUAUUUCUCAAUCAGAAAGAUUAAAACAAUCUAAAGAGCAGAGAAAGAGAAUAGUGGAAAGUCUUGGUGCUAUAAGUAACAACACUACUACAAAUAAAGUGACUAGGGACAAGAGGAGACCAGGAGAAGGGGCAUCACAAAGGGCCAGUGCAAUAACUGAGGGCGUGGACCCGUACAGCGAGACCGCGAUGGAGGAGCUGGAAAAACUUGGGUUCGAGGAGAAUGAAUACUCGGAGGAAUCACCAGAGAAAUUCCCGUCUGAGAAGACCGAAGAGCUGCAGAUAGUGGAGACUCCGGGGAAACCUCGUCAGGGAAAGCGGAAUCAACAGCGGCCAGUGUCGUGUAUUGUGUCCCCCUCACAAGACAAAAUGUCUGUUGUAGAGGAAAGUAUGAAAAGGAACAGUCUAACCCUGCACCUGUCUGAUGAUGAAAUGUCAGGUAAUGAUGACUCAGUCAGUGUGUGUUCCUUUGGGAGUCGAGCUGAUCUAGACCGACUACAGGAGGUUCCUGUCCCCUCCUGGGUCCAAAUUGGCGAGAGUGUUAUGGUCCAGCCCUCCAAGGGCUCCAAGAAAACGGGCGUAGUCCAGUUUGUAGGAAAUGUGGAGUUUGCCGCGGGGCCAUGGGUAGGAGUGGAACUGGAUUUGCCAGAGGGAAAAAACGAUGGGUCUGUCAACGGCACAAAGUACUUCAAGUGCCGGUCACGUCAUGGAAUCUUCGUACGUCACGAUAAGCUGAUUCUCGACAAGAAGAGGCGAGGGUCACGCAAGCAAGCCAAAGACCUGGCCAAGAGACACAGCAUGGGGAAUCCUGCUCAUAUGGGGACCAGUCCAAAUACACGGUUGCCUAGCAACCAGUCUUCUAGUCCAAACAGUACAUUGCUGAAAGCCACAACUGCAAGUAGUGCAAAGAAAAAAUAAUACAUACAUGUAAUGUAUUAUGGAAAUUGAGACAGAUCUAGUCUGGAGUAAAUGGAAUUUGUGAUGAUGUAAAAAAAAAAAUGUUGCUGACAUUGAACAACAGAUGUAUGGACAGUUCUACAAGGCAUCUGUUGUUGUGCUGUAACUUUUGUUCUGAGCAGGUGGUUUUUACUGGAGUAUAAAACAAGGAGAUUCCUAUGUGACUGCAUGUGUCCAUUGUUUUGUGUUGUACUUCUGUGCUGAAUAGCUGAUUUUCACCGAAAUUUGGACAUUUUACUAACCAUUCAUAAUCUAAAACAUAGAUACUCUGGCCUUGACCGUUUCUAUUGUGGGCAUUUAUCUCGUUGUACCAAUGUAACAUGGGUGGUAUCAAUGAUUAUUUAUUUAUGGCCUAUUUUUGCUAUAAACUGUUGCCAUGGUUAUAGCUAGGCAAGCAUUGUAACAUUUACAAGCUUUCAGUAUUAUUGUUACUGUGUGAUAUUUUCCCCAACAGUUUGGAAACUUUUUUAAAACAACAGCUGUUUUUGCUAGGGUUGUGAUGGUAUUGUGAGAUAUAUUUGAAAACUUCCAUAUGAUAAGAAAAGGCUUUAAUGUUAAAUCCAUAGAUCAUCAGAUUGGUCUUCCAGUUGGCAAUAGAUUGCGUGAGAGAGAGAUACGAUAGAUGACUAUGUAAACAAGGCGCAGUAUUGUGAUAAAAAAUGUUGACCGUAAUUAUCAUUAAUGCUUGUACACCGUGUUAGAUCAAAGUGAGCACUGUACUUGUGUGUACAGCGGUAAGUAAAUGUUUGUCUGGAUGAAAUGGUACGGAGUCCGACUCCACUUGUUGAAUCUUUGAAUAAAGUUAUUAAGAUUAUCUUUAGAGUAUUCUUGUCCAUGGAGUGUGAUACUUGGGUGGAGAAUAAAAGGCAGUUUAAUGCCGUAGGAGAAUUGGUCUUUGCUAGGGAGAAUUCAGAGGUUAGUCUGAAAAAGUGGGUCUUUAUAGAUGUUUGGAGUGAGUAACUACUCUAGGCUUACAUCACAGUUCUCAGAAGUAUCAGUAGAGUCGCUCAUUGAAAAAUAAAUACCAUUCAUUCAGAACAAAAUACUGGGUGUAUACAAUGCAGGUGCACAAGUUACAAGUUUAUACAAGUAGUGAGAUUUCGACUGUCAUGAAAUAAUUUGAAUAACAAUUGUUUUCCUAUCUAUUGGAAACCAUGAGAAAUUAUGCCGCCUUUGUAAACAGGGAAUUGCAUACAUGUAAUUAUUUUUAAUCCCUGUACAAUGUACCAGGAUAGCAUGUAUAUUUAUGGUCCUUUUACCUACCUUCAAUGCAUGUCAAACAUUGACUGUGUUUUUCCAUGUAUUAAAGAGUUCUAGAGAUAUUGAUGUCCACUGUGAUGACAGAAUGAUAUUGUAAAACAAAUUUAUUGUGCAGAAUUGCAAGCUUCGAGCUAAUUGUUGUAAAUUAAGACAACAUAUCAUAUUCAACUGUUUGACAUCCAGAAAUUGAAAUCCUUGUAUAUUUUAUGAUAAUUGUGUAUUAGUUUAAUGAAAGUGAUGCUUUUUGGAUAGGGUAAUCAUGAAAGUAUUGCAUGCACAGGAUAUUAUUAAGGUUGCAUGUUACUGCUUCUCCUAGACCCAAAUUUUGUGUUCAGUCACAUCCCCAUAGGAUAUAUUUUUCAGACAUUUUUUGAUGUAUUUCAUAAGAAACAUUCAAGUUUGCCUUGCUUUAGUCAGUCAUGUUUACAACAUGGUAACAAAAAAUACUCUAUCAGAACCACAAGUAAGCUCGCUGUCGCGGGAUUUAAACCUAAGCACAUUUAAAAAUUCCUUGUUGUUAUGGGAUUUAAACAAGCACAAUUAAGAAUUGCAUACUGUCGUAGGAAUUCAACACAAGCUCAAUUAAAAAUAGCUUUACUCUCAUGGGAUUUAAACACAGGCAAUUUUUUGGGAGUAAAUUAAAAUUGGGUACUGUUGUGGGAUGUAAACACAAGCAUAAUUCGUAGGAGUAAAUGAAGAAUUGCCUACUCUCAUGGGAUUUAAAUGCUUCAUAAAUUCCCUGAUACAUGCUUCAUUACCUAUAGUAAUGUCUCAUGGAGACCAAACUAACAGUUUUAAAACUUUUGUACUUCCUCUACCUGUACUUAAUAACGUUCCUCCUAUAGUGCUAUCUGAAAACAAGGCUCAGUUAAUAGUUUUCUAGCUGUACUUUAUAAUGUUCCUCGUACAGUGCUAUACCUGAAAGCUGUUACAAGGCGCUGUUAUAGUUAGUUUGUUAUUAGUGUUUGUGUCUGUGUUGUGAAGUUCUGGAACAAAGGUCAGAUUAGGACAUUCCAUCCUUAUGUUAUUUACACUGUUUAUAAGAGAUAUUUAUGAUUAUGUAUGUCGCAUUAGAUUCUGUUACGCUCUGUAAUCUUAUACAAAAAUCAUGUAUUAAAUAGGUGAUUGUUUAUGAAAAAUUGAUUUGAAAACUCCAAUUUGACAAUAUUUCAACUUUGUAAGUAGGUUAUUGGUCAAUACUGAACAUAUUUUUCCAAACUGUUUAUGACUAGAAAACUUUAUCAUGUCUGACCAAAAUGCUUUAGUAAUUAUGAUGACUAGGAAGCUGAUUUUUGUCAUCAUGUUUAAAACUUACUACUACUUUAUUUGUUGCUGAUGUUAUAAGUAAAAUAUGUGAUUUGAUGAUUUUAAAAAAUUGUCAUUAAAAGAUUCAAAAACAGA